AUGACAUUUGAAACAAUAAACUUAACACAAGAUACACAACAAAUUCAACUUUAUAAAAAACAACCAAGUAAAGCAGCCAUCAUACCAUCAGAAUUAGUGUUUCAUAUAUUCAAAUUUGUUACAACUACAACAGAUUUAAAAUCAUGUAUUUUAGUUUGUAAAUCGUGGUGUAGGUGUGGAGUUGAACUUUUAUGGCAUAAACCAAUCUUUACUGGAAAUGCUUCUCUCAUUAGACUGCUAGUAGCAAUAUCGCGAACAACUCAAACUUUUCCUUAUCCACUUCUUAUUCGUCGUCUUAAUUUUUCUUAUUUGGGAGAAAAUCUUAGCGAUCAGAUCCUUGUUAGAUUAAGUUCUUGUGAAAGAUUAGAAAGGUUGACGCUUGGAGGGUGUAAAAAGUUGACCGAUGAAAGUUUAUUAAAAUUAAUAGAUAAAACUGAAGGCUUGAUAGCAUUGGAUAUGUCAGAUAUUGAAAGUUUGACCGAUGUUGUGAUUGAAUUGGUGGGCGAAAGAUGUAGAAGAUUGCAAGGUUUGAAUGUAAGCAUGUGCAAAAAUAUUACUGAUAAAGGAGUUACAGCUGUUGCGUCAAGAUGUAAAGGCUUAAGGAGGAUAAAAUUAAGCGGUUGUGAGAACAUUACCAACAGAUCUGUUAUUGAUUUAGCUGAAAAUUGUUCCAACUUGUUAGAAUUAGAUCUUACCAAUUGUCACCAUGUAACGGAUGAUGCAAUCAAACCAGUUUUUGAAAAUUGUAAUCAACUAAGAGAACUUCGACUUGCUUAUUGUGCAUAUUUGACUGAAGGACCUUUCAUCAAAUCAAUGCCAGUAUCAUUUGAUCAAUUACGUAUCCUCGAUCUUACAUCAUGCGCAAUGAUCACUGAUCAAGCAAUAAAAAAAAUAGUUCACAGUUCGCCAAAAUUGCGAAAUCUGGUUUUGGCCAAAUGCACAAGCAUUACAGACGAGGGAGUUAAUCACAUCACAAGAUUGGGAAAACAUUUGCACUAUCUUCAUUUAGGCCAUUGUUCAAAUAUCACAAAUGAAUCAAUAGUUCAAUUGGCACGUAAUUGUACCAGGUUAAGAUAUCUUGAUCUUGCUUGUUGUAUUCUUUUAUCGGAUAAAUCAGUUUUUGAAUUGUCACACCUUCCAAAACUUCGUCGUAUUGGAUUGGUGAAAUGUGCAUUGAUCACUGAUCGAGCCAUUUAUGCAUUAAUUGAAAACAGAGUAGUCACACACACUUUAGAACGUGUACAUUUGUCAUACUGUUCACGGCUUACAAUUCCAGCAGUUUCAGAAUUAGUUAAUUCUUGUCAUCAUCUAACACAUCUUUCUUUAACUGGCGUACCCGCUUUUCUAAGACAGGAUGUGCAAACUUUUUGUAGACAGCCACCAAAAGAAUUUACACUUCAUCAACGACAAGUUUUUUGUGUUUUUAGUGGUAAGGGAGUCAAGGAUUUAAGAUCGUGUUUAAAAACCAUAGUUUCAAGUCAACAGCAGCAACAACAAGGAGAAGCAGAUACGAUGGAGAUACAAAUAUAG